AUGCCUGCGCACAACCGCACCGCAUCCAAAAGAAGGACGUCAUGUGUUGACGCGCAUCCCCUCGGCCCGGAGCACCAAGCCGCGAGAUUUGCGACGGACCAACAUCCACCAGUUGGAUUACCGAACGGUAGGACAACAUUUCCUUCCGAAGGCAAUUUCAAGUCCCUUUCCGAGAACUCUCACAAGAGAACUUGGGGGACUCCUGUUUAUACCAAAAUGAACAGCCAAUAA